AGCGCCUCGAUGACGUUUACCUUCGAUCCCUUUUUGACGUUUACUGGAAAAACAUUGCUCCAAUAUCUCGAAUACACUGACCACUGGUGCCAAAUGUCCCGGUCAGUGUCGACCAUCGAGAGAGAUAAUCUCUGUGAAACGAGAAUGGAUGAGGAGCCCGAUGUGCCCACACCCAGGACAAUUCAGCCCCAGAAUUCCUACAAACUCGCACCAAUGGAUUUCGACGAAGACCGACCCCAGGAGAUGACGGCCUCGUACUCGGAGAUAUCAUUCGACUCUCAGUCAUCGCCUCCGAUUUCUGAAUUACGCUCACUCGUGGAAUCACCGGAUAUCGAGAACGACGAGUUCAUUACAGACGAGAGAAUGAAGAAAAUCGAUGCCCUGGCUGACAGGCCUCAUAUGUUAAAUUUGAAGAGUGGAGAGGGCAGUCCUGAAGAGGAGGAGUAUCCAGAAUUACCUGGGUAUCGAAAAGCUAUGGGUUAUCUGCGUUUGGAGGGAACAGUUAUGCAGGAGGGGGACAUGGUGCUCUUCGUGGCUGAGGAUUUGGAGAAUAAGAUUAAAUUGUCGAGUCCGGUCACGAAGAAGGGGGAGACCCCGUCGUUUCCAGGGUCCAGGAGUUCCACUCCUUGUUUAUACAGACAAGCAUUAAAUCCUCAAUUACCAUUGCCCGAUCACAAUGCACUCAAUGAAUUGGAAAUGGAAGCGAGGAAAAUUGCCACGUCUGUGGACUCAUUAACUGAGAAUUUAGCAGCUAUUUUGCACAGUGCAUCAGCUGUUACUGUAGAUUGUUUAGAGACGUACAGAGACGCUGUCUGUAAAACUUGCGAUGCUGUAGACCACAAUAUUAAAUCGAUGUAUCAAUUAAUGGCUAAAUGCGAGGAGCUCUCCAAAUCAAUGGGCCCUAUCUACAAAUUAGCCGAUCAAGUCAAGGAAAUGAAGCGAUUGCUGGAUUUAUUCGAAGGAGCAAUGAACUUGUAAACACAUAUCCAAUUAUCCACAGUAUUAAUUCAGAGGAGAAAUAUCGAAUACUCAUUGUGUUAUUCGCUUCUCAAUAUUUUUUAAACAAUAAAUUGCG